AAACCCCCAAACGACUCAUUUGAACUUAUGCUCGAGAAAAGGUUAAAAGUGAAGGUUGGAAAGAAAUUGCAUUGAAUACCCUCGAACAAACCAGAACCACACAUGGCUGAUUUCUUUGUUUUCUCUUAAAACACUCUUUAUUUCAGCAUGUGGGAUUCUUCACUUCUCGGUAGUCACCUCAAUCUCCUCUCAUUUUCGCUACCUGCAUACUCUCUUAGAUGAUUAGUGGGUUCUGAUUAUAAUUAAGAGUUAAUGAAGUGAAGAGAAGAGAAGAGAAGUCGCUGUCGUGGAAGGUGGGCAAUUGUAUUGUAUUUGUUUAUGUUAUAUUUGUAAAUCGUUUAUGUUGCGUAUUUGUUGAGUAAUUGAUACCCACAGCAGCGGGCCCUUUCCCAUCUUCUGCUUUCUUCAUCAGAUACUGUUUUUCUCCUUGCACUUAUCCGUACAAAAAAAAACCCUUCCCUUCUUUCUGAAUCUAUCUGCUACCAACAGAGAGAAAUCAAAAGCUUCAACUUGCAACUUUUUUAUUUUUUUAAUAUUUUUCCUGGGAAGGGAAAAAAUAUGAAGAAUAGAUUGCAUGUUGAAGAUCUCCAAAAUGUAACAAACCCAUCAAGUGGUUUUGAUACUGUGGAUGCCAUGGAGGAAGAACAAGCAAUUGCUGAUGAAGAUGGAGAGAUCUGGCUAGAAAGAGAACAAGACGAUCUGUUAGAUGUAAAUGAUUCUUCAAUCUUCUAUGAUGAUUUUCCUCCCCUUCCAGAUUUCCCUUGCAUGUCAUCAUCUUCCUCAUCUUCUUCCACUCCGGCUCCAGUUAAGGCUAUGGCUCCUUCAUCGUCUUGUUCUUCGGCUUCUUCGUCGUCUUCAGCGGCUUCUUGGGCGGUUUUGAAGUCUGACGCAGAAGAUGAUGCUGAGAAAAAGAAUAAUUAUGACUCUCAACACUAUCAUCAUCAUCAUAGUCAAUAUGAUCAAGUGGAAGCACCCACAGCAGCCUUGUCUUCUACUGCGUCGAUGGAGAUUCCUCAGCCAUCUGAUCAAGGGGUGGAAGGUGCUGGUUGCACGGAUAUGAUGGAGACUUUUGGGUACCUGGAUCUCAUAGAAAACGAUGGUUUCUUCGACCCUUCUUCCAUAUUUCAAGCCGAUGAACAUUUCUUGGACGAGUUUCAGCAAGAGCAGAACAUGCAACCGGAGCAGGAACCACAACAGGGAAAUGAAGAGUUGAUCAUGGAAACUAAAACUGAGGAGACUCAACAGCAAGGAGCCGCCGCUUCAGAUGAUCUAGCCAUGGUGUUCUUGGAGUGGCUCAAGAGCAACAAAGAGACUGUCUCAGCAGAGGACUUGAGGAAAGUUAAAAUCAAGAAGGCAACCAUAGAGUGUGCUGCUAAGCGUUUAGGUGGUGGUAAAGAAGCUAUGAAGCAGUUGUUGCAACUCAUUCUUGAAUGGGUUAAAACGAAUCACCUUCAAAAACGACGUAUGAAAGAAUCAUCUUCCAAUUAUCCUCCCUAUCAAUGCCAAGAGCCUCUGCAAAACCCUAACCCUAGUGCUAGUUCAAACCUUAAUAUGAAUUCUAACUCUAUCCCACCGGAUCAAUCAACCCCUUGUUUCACUCAGUCACCUUGGAUUGCACCCCCACCUUAUGUUGUUGAUCGGGGAACGCUUAUGCCGGGAAUCUCUCCUAUGGUUGGGUAUAUGGCCGACCCUUUUGCUAGUGGCGCUUCAAAUAUGGCUGGCCACUCUUACCCACCGGCGCCACCGACAGAUUAUCACAUGCUAGACUCCGCCCAAUCCUGGCCUCCGUCCCAGUUUGCUUUGUCUUCGCCUUACCCCGCAUUUCCAGACAAUAAUCUCCAACCUGUUCAGGCCCACCAUCCUGUUUUCACCGGAUAUGGAAAUCAAUACGCAUGCCAGUAUCUCCCCGGCCAAGUUGACGAUAGGUUGAUGAGGUUGGGUUCCUCGGCAACCAAAGAGGCAAGGAAGAAGAGAAUGGCUAGACAGAGAAGGUUUUUGACACAUCACAGGAAUCAGAAUCAUCACAACAACCAACCAAUUGAGCACCACCAAAAUCAGAGUGCAGAUCACCAUGCAAGGCUUGGAAACGAUAAUGUCGCGCUAACGGCUCAACCUAAUCCUGGUAACUGGGUCUAUUGGCCUGCUGUCAGUGCUGUUUCAACCCUGCCAGUUCUCCCUAUGGAUGCUCAACCAGUGCAUAUUGUAGAUCGACCAGCUAUGCAAGCUCAUGAGAGUCAUCAGCGUCAAGUGGCAUCAGAUAGGCGACAGGGCUGGAAGCCUGAGAAGAACCUGAGAUUUCUUCUCCAGAAAGUGUUGAAGCAGAGCGAUGUGGGCAAUCUAGGGAGGAUAGUGUUGCCAAAGAAAGAAGCAGAAACACAUCUUCCAGAACUGGAGGCAAGAGAUGGGAUUUCUAUUGCCAUGGAAGAUAUAGGGACUUCUCGUAUUUGGAACAUGCGUUAUAGUUUCAGAUUCUGGCCCAACAACAAAAGCAGGAUGUAUCUCCUUGAGAACACCGGAGAUUUUGUGAGAGCAAAUGAACUUCAAGAAGGAGAUUUCAUAGUCAUAUACUCAGAUGUCAAGUGUGGGAAAUAUUUGAUCCGAGGAGUGAAGGUAAGGCAACCAGGAUCAAAAUCAGAGAACAAGAAGUCAGGAAAAUCACAGAAGAAUCUUCAUGCAAGCUCUCCUGCAACUGCUCUGAAUGGAUCUUCAUCUACACCCAUUAAUCAAGCUCAAACAGUAAAGUAAAUUAAUGUGACGAACCCAGUCACCUUCUCUCUCCUUCAUGCAAAAAUACGAGUGGACAAGUGGACGGCGAACAUCAACCCUGGUUAAACAAGUCAAAAAGUUUUUAAAAAAAAAUGGGGGCAGAUGUAAUUUGAUAGAGCACAUAAUAUUAGUUUUAAUAUAUUUUAUAAUUUGGGUUUGGGUUAGGGUUAGGGUUAGGGUUUGGUUGAGGUCGGGUGUGCUUAAUUUGUAGGGUAGGGCUGCCUCUCAUCAUAUAUACUCUAUACAAAUGUUGUGCAAUUAUAUAUGUGCUUGUUAAUUGUUUAUAAUAUUAAAUAAUCUUUACUAUUUUGUUGCAAAAAUAUGUAU